CUAGGCCUACUAAACUUGCUAAGCUUAGGCCCAACGGGUCAGGCCAUGGGCUAUGCCUUAGUACGGGAGUACUACUACUACUACCAGUGGGCCCGAUGGACGCCUUCGAUCCCGUCCCCUCCGACGACGACGGCGAUGGCGCCACCGCCGCCGCCUCCUCUCCCGGCCGCUCCAUCUGCCACGCCGGCUGCGGCCGCCCAUCCCGCGUCUGCCUGUGCCCGUACCUCCCUCCAUCCCCUCUCCCGAUCUCCACGACCGUCGUCAUCCUCCACCACCCGCACGCCCUCCGCCGGAACCCGCUGUCGACGCUGCCCCUCCUGGCGCGGUCCCUCUCCAACCUCCGCCUCGUCCCGGGCCGCCGCCUCCUCCCCUCCUCCAUCCCUCCCGCUCCCACCCCCCGAGGCCCCGUCCUGCUGCUCUACCCUUCACCCGCCGCCUCCGACCUCACCUCCUGGUGCCGGUCCACGCCGCGGCCCGCGCGCGCCGCCCCCACCCUCCUCCUCCUCGACGGCACCUGGAAGCAGGCUAAGGAGAUGCACGCGGCCAGCCUGCCUGUCCUCACGUCGCUGGGCAUUGUCCCCGUCGCCCUCCCCGUUGACGGCUCCGCCGACGGGGACAGCAUGUUCGAGUCCGACCUCGUGGUCAGGAAGGAGCCGCGUAAGGGGUGCGUCAGCACUAUGGAGGCCGUUGCCAGGGCGCUGCGGCUGCUGGAGCCGGAGGAGAAUGGCGCCGUGGUUGAGGAGGCCAUGCUCGGUGUGCUCCGGGCCAUGGUCGCCUUCCAGACGGAGCAUUUGCAGCACCGGACGGUGAAGCCGAGAGUGAAGAUGAGGAAGAAGAAGGAACUCAGGAGGGAGGAGGAGAUGCAGAGCAAUGCUGGACUGAUCUGACUCAAGGUGCCAUGGAUUGGCGCCUGGCCGCCUGCUCAUGCUGCUGUGUGGAAUUUCUUGCCUUGGAAUCUAUCACCAAUCCACCAUCUGCAUUCUGCAGACUCCAGCAUUGAAGGUCUGAUUUUUCUCAGGCAGGGGUCUGUUUACUUAGUUUAGGAUGCAUUGUUGUUUACCUUAGCUGCAUAAGCAUAUUUGAUAUGUCUACUAGGAUAACUAAAAAAUGGGUUCAUGUUAAUCCUGUUGGCUCAAAAUAUUUCUGCAAGCUUCUCUCUUUCUGAUGUUGUAACAUUUUGGAAACAUUAGGAUACUAUAUCUCAUAGGUUGUGAUGCGAUUCUUAUGUAAUUGUCCUUUAAUCAUUUGUUCAAUGCUGAAAUUUCCAUAUUACGACUGAAA